AUGCUUAACGUUGCCGCCGCCGCUCUCCUCGCCGCCGCCACUGUGGUGAGCGCCCAGGACAAGGUCGGCUUUGGACCAGCAUUCUCCCUUGGCCCUACUCAAUCUUGGAUCCGGGAGGCGACCACCACUCUCGUUCUCCCUCCCGUCCCGAGUCCCCAGAAGGAUCGUCUUGCUCUAUGGCCCGGCAUGGGCACCAGUGGCGGUGAUCUUAUCCAGGCCCUUGCUGUUUCCUUUAGUGAUCCUAAGGCGAACUGCGGAACUAGUGUCGGCCAGUGGUGCACUUGGGCCAGCACUCUUCAAGGAGAGCAGCUGGGAGGCACGCAAGUUCCUGCAUCCGCCGGUGAUAAGCUCACCAUGCACUACAAGUACAACGACAGCACUGGCAAGUAUGAUCAGACCGUCUCUCUCAACGGCAAGGUAGUCUCGACUCUCUCGACGAGCUCCGGAAAGGCUGAGGGCUGGGGCACUGCCGUUGAAUGCCAAGACGACGCUUGCGUCGGCACGGUCAUUGCUCACAAGUACACCGGUACGACAAUCAUACUCAACGCCGCUGACAACACUUUCGGCAACACCCUCGGUCUGAACGAGGCCGACUCCUCCGGUCUCACCACUUCCGACAACGGCAAGACCUGGAAGGCUGACACUAUCAACAUCCACACCCACACCUUCAACAACUAA